AUGUCCUCCUCGAUAGAAUUGAUCAAUCCAAAGGCAGAGAGCGUCAGACGCGCUGCUGCCUUGCAGGUCAACACCAAUGGCGCGAUGGGUCUUGCUAACGUAGUGAAGGGUAAUCUCGGUCCAAGAGGUACUCUAAAAAUGCUUGUGGACGGCUCUGGUCAGAUCAAAAUGACCAAGGAUGGUAAAGUGUUGCUAUCCGAGAUGCAAAUACAAAACCCGACAGCCGCUAUGAUCGCUCGAACUGCGGUCGCUCAAGAUGAUCAAGUUGGUGACGGAACUACUUCAGUAGUUCUACUGGUUGGAGAGUUGCUGAAGCAAGCCGAUCGUUACAUAUCUGAAGGCGUACACCCAACCGUCAUAGGGGAAGGAUUCGAUCUCGCGAAGAAAGAGGCUUUAGUGUUCCUUGACACGUUCAAGCUGCCAUCCAAAUUGGAUAGGCCAACUCUGAUCAACGUCGCACACACUUCGCUUGCCACUAAGCUGCAUGCCUCGUUAGCGAAGCAACUCGCUGCAGAUGUGGUGGAUGCUGUGCUCACCAUCAGGCCACCAGCACCCCCCAAAGAAGCAAAAGAUCAAUAUCGCGACCCAAUAGAUCUGCACAUGGUGGAAAUUAUGAAGAUGCAACACCGCACAGCGUCAGAAACUCAGCUUGUGCGUGGUUUGGUCAUGGAUCACGGUGCCAGGCAUCCGGACAUGCCCAAACGCGUCGAGAAUGCAUUCAUUCUAACAUUGAACGUCAGCUUAGAGUACGAAAAGACAGAGGUUAAUUCUGGCUUCUUCUAUUCGUCUGCCGAGCAACGUGAAAAGCUCAUUGAAUCUGAGCGGCGUUUCGUAGACGCCAAAGUGAAGAAGAUCGUAGAACUUAAGAAUCUCGUGUGCGAUCAAGCUGUUGGCGGCAGCGAAAAGCCCAAAAACUUUGUCGUUAUCAAUCAAAAAGGCAUUGAUCCACUUAGUCUCGAUAUUCUUGCAAAGAAUGGCAUUUUCGCUUUACGUCGUGCUAAGCGACGUAAUAUGGAACGCCUGCAGCUCAUUUGCGGAGGUGUUGCGCAAAAUUCCGUAGACGAUCUAACCCCAGAUAUUCUCGGCUGGGCGGGUCUAGUUUAUGAGCACACUCUAGGCGAAGAGAAGUACACUUUCGUGGAAGAGGUUAAGGAACCCAAGAGCGUCACGCUCCUUGUCAAGGGUCCAAAUGCGCACACGAUCCAACAAAUUCAGGAUGCUUUACGGGACGGUCUUCGCGCCGUCAAAAAUGCACUCGAGGACGAGGUUCUCAUUCCCGGUGCGGGAGCCUUCGAGGUUGCAUGCGCAGGUCAUUUGAGUGGUCCUGUAAAGAAAGCUGCCAAAGGCCGCGUUAAAAUGGGCGUGCAAGCGUAUGCAGAUGCAUUAUUGAUCAUUCCAAAGACUCUUGCGCAAAACGGAGGCUUUGACGUCCAGGAUGUGGUGGUGGCACUGCAGGACGAACAAGCGGAGGGAAAUACGGUUGGUAUCGAUUUACAAUCAGGGGAGCCGUUUGAUCCGACUGUGGAAGGCAUCUGGGAUAACUACAGGGUAAAGAGGCAGAUGUUACAUUCAUGUUCUGUGAUCGCAGUGAACCUCCUUUCUACAGACGAAAUCUUGCGGGCGGGCCGGAGUUCAUUGAAGCCAGAUGGGCAGUCGUGA